GUGCAGUGCGCAUGUUGGGAUGGACGAGGUGAGCGCAAGGAACAACGUGGCCAACAUGCUGCGCUACCCUUUGGAACUGGCUGUGUCGGAGCCAGGGUUCUCGUAUGUUUUGAUGCCGUGGAUGGAAGCGAUGGCUCCUGCUUUGACCCGCCACGCGAACGACGAGUUGGUUGCCAAGUACCUGACACCGGCGUUUCCGCACCCGUACACGCUGGAGAAUGCAUUCAGCUACAUUGCGUAUGCUCAACACACCACGGACGAAGCGAUACUUGCUAUUGUUCGUGUGGACAACUCGACCCUCGAGCGAGAAGCUAUCGGGAGCAUCGGUGUCAUCUUCGACAACGACAGCACGGGCAAGUUUGGCUAUUGGUUGGGUCGACUUCAUUGGGGAAAAGGCAUUGCAAGUGCGGCCACUCGAGCGUUUUUGGAGGACCUCGCAGCCAACAACCAUCGAGAGCUCAAGCGGGUAGAAGCGUCCGUGUACGUGGCAAAUGUAGCGUCUCAGCGCGUGUUGGAGAAGAAUGGGUUUCGCUGGCAACGAGUAGAGCCGACGCUGCCAUAUCGAGACGGUGGUGCGUUGGAGGCCAAUAUCUUCGUCAAAGCCAUCGGCGACGGACCACUUUAAGACGAGCCUAAUGCAAGAAUACAAUUGCGAAUCGGUUCCUGA